AUGACGAGUUAUAACAGGACGCGUAAUGCUGAGGAGCUGCUCGAGAAGCACGCCUCACACCCACCGUCUUUCGCAGUCCAUCUUCAUCCGGAGCACUGGAUGCUUAAUAAUGUCUCCAAGUUCUCGUAUAGCACUCCAAUUUCGAGCCUACUAGAUGACAUCAGAGCUCACCGAAUACCAGUGGAUUUUCUCGACAUAUUCGAUGCGGCUAGGGUUCCAUUCUACGAGGGUUGCAUGAUCGUCGAGCUAUUAGACUAUCGACAGCAACAGAAGGGCAGCGAAUCGCAUCCUGAUAAACCGGAGCGGACACGUGUGGUGCUCUAUCCAAACGGAGAGACGCUGUUUGCGGACAUUUACGCUCUAAAUCGGAGUCGCGGGGGGAAAUGGACUGACCGCGACGCGCUGGAGGUCGAGGCACGCAUCUUGCUUGCGACGUCACAACCUCUUUGUCUCGUUCCAGAUCCUCACCUUUCUCGAGUUGUCAAUCACGUUAUGAGAGUAUCGACUCCAACGGUUCCCAACUCGUUGAAACGCAAAGCAUCCGUUAUGGAUCCAGAAGAAGAUGAGGUGGAGAAAGCACGCCGUGCCAAAAUUAUGCAGUUUAUGGCGCCACGACCUGGGCGGACGCAUGCUCAAAGCUAUCGAAUAUUGGAAACUAUCCAGCGGUCUCGACAGGCCUCUACUUCAAAGCCGUCAACUCCUGUGGCUCCUACACCACAACCCUCAGACCAACCUGUGCAACCACCGUUAAAUGCAAAUACCGCAGCAUACCCCGCUAUUAAAAAAUUGAACACAAGCGCCACACCUAAACCUGGAUUUCCGAAUGGUUCGCCUCAUGGUAGUGCAACCCAAACACCUUCACCGAGUCAUAAAUUUGCGAAUUCGCCAGCUGCCGAGGCAAAACGUGCACCUACUCCCCUGCAGCAACAAUAUACGCCAGCUCCCCAGCCCCCUAAUCCACAAACUGCUAUCCAACCACCACUACCUCAGCCGUCCCAACCACAACCCCCUGCUCGCCCAUCAAACACUCCGCGACCUCCGUCUGUCGCUUCGUUUCAACCAGCGGUGCCUGGACCUCAAUUUCUCAGUCAGCCUCCCCCUGCUCGUAAUGCGCCAGAUGGACAAGCAAAGCCUGUUCAUCCCAACGGGGUUGCCCCCACUCCUCCAUUCGCAGGUAAUCCAUAUCAGCAGCACGUAUAUCGUGUCAUUCCACAAGUGCCACAACCUCCGCAAGCGACACCGACACAACCCCCAGUUUCUGUGAAUGGACGAGCAACGCCACGGCCAGCUAAUGCCAGUGCUGCUCAAAUUGCCCAAGCCAAAGCUAUGGCCCUGGCAGCACGUGCGCGUAUGCAGCAGCCAGGAAAUGCGCAUGGUCAGCAACUCAACUUCGCCUACCAUUCACCCCAUCUUCGCCCUGCUGGGCUCCCCAACGGCAACGUUACUGCUGCACAAAUGCAAGCCGCCCAAGCCGCGAUGGCAUCAGCCCAAGCCCGGGUUUCUCCAUCGCCAGCAAAUGGUGUUCGACCACUGCCAGUGGAAGGUGGUCAGCCGAUGACGCAACAACAACAGAUCAUAGCCUACCAGAACAUGCUACGUGCAAGCGGCGGUUAUCCGGUAAUGAACUGGCAGCAAAUGGCUAGUCGGCCAGGCAUGCCGAUGUCAGCCAACAACCAGCAAAUGCUCCAAAUGCAAAUGCAGCAAGCUGUUGGUAUGAUGUCUGCUGGCCAGAUACCGCAUCACUCAGUCCCAGUUGGGGGUGCAGUCAAGGGUCCGCCAGGCCAUCCAGCUCGAUGA